AUGGGCAUCCACUAUGACAGUUUUGGUAUAAUACGUAAAGGUGCAACCUCUCAGCCACUAGAGCAGUUCAAUCAGAAUGUGAAGAAGGUACAUGGAUACAUCAAAUCCAUUAUUGGGAAAGAAGAAGAAACAAACCAUCUCAAGAAAGACUCAACCAUGAAUGGCCCUGAAGGAUCUGUCUCUCAAAAGAUAUCAUAUUUUAUCGAGCUUUGGAAGAAUGGUGUCAACAGCCUUGUAAGAAAGAUAGAAAUUAUUAACAUUGACUACAAAGAUAACGUUGAUUGGCAAGCUUUACUUACGACACAGAUAGAGGAUCUACUCUCGGUAUCUUAUUUUUCUCAUAUUUCAUCUCAUGGAUAAUUACCGUUCCGUGAGGCAAAGAUUAGUGAGGAGUGAGACUUCGUAAGAUAAGUUAGGGGUUUACCACCGGCAGUGUGUACGCGGAACAGAAACCUGAUGCUGUUGCAAGGGUAAAAUUUCCAAAUGACCAGUGCGAGCAAUCGGCUACUGCCUUAAUCUCUCACAUUCACUCUGUGUGGAGGGGUACGAAGACGAUUUGGAGGCUUCUGCCUCAGUCUCUUAGAUUCCCUCUGUGGAGGGGUACGAGAGUGGUUCGGAGGACAACGAUAGUGAAAUAGAGCUUGAUUCGGAAGAACUGAUCAUUUGUAAGCCAAUGAUAACAAUGUCUCGAGGAAAAGAGAAGGUGGGAGUACAGUUUGAUGUCUGA